AUGUCACAAUUGGAACCACCGCCAGUCGCGUCAACGCAGGAUUUAUCGCGAUCGCUGAGUCAAGGCACAGACUUUUUCAAAAACGACAAUGAAUCUGUGGAUCUUUUGUUGAGAGAAAUGAGUGCAGAUAUGGAUAGUAUAGCUCCAACCACAUUCGAUCCUAGCCACAGGCGAAAUGAAAACAGCUUAUCAAUGUCAAUCAACACGUCACCAACAAAACCCUUGAACUUCCCUAACCAGCAACCAUCCAUUAAUGACCCUAAUUCCAGCUCAGACACAUAUGCUAGCGAUCAAGACCAACAACAGACCAAAUUGUACCCCAAAAAUGAUUUCAAAACUUCAUUGAAUCGAAAUUUUGAUAUUGACACUUCUGCUGACUUGCAGGACACUAUACAAGUGAGUAACAAGUAUAAAUCUGAUGUCGAUAUUUAUACGCUGCAAACUCCAAUAACUUCAACUGUCAAUUUAGCUUCGAAGCAAACCUAUGUAAACUCAUCUCCUAAUAAGUCAAUAAUGAAGAAAACGCCGACUGGAUCACCCAAGAAAGUGGCAUUCACAGCAACUGACCCUAAGAUUUAUCAAUAUAAUCAAGAGAAACAAGAAUUUGAUGAAGAGGAUAACCACCAAGCUGCGAACCACCUAGCACUUCAAAAACCAAUCACUCAUCAUUGGGAGCAGCCACACAUCCAUUCAGAAGACGAAAGCUUAGCUUCACCUCCUCCACCACCACCUCCACAUACAAGCAAGCCUACUUUUGCUCAACUCUUGAAUCGUGAAAGGGGCAGUAAUAGCACAGAGAAGGUAAAGAAACUAGAAGCUGUACCACUCCAUAAAAAAUUGAACCCUCACUCAGAUGAAGAAUAUGAUUUGGAUGCUCGUUUACAAGAGUUGGAAUUGGCAGCAAAGAACAAGACCAAGGAAAAUAUUCAUCAUCUAUCACUUUCGUUACAAACUCCUACAUUUCAAAUGGAAAACCCAUUGGACUCUUUACAGAAAUCUCCUGAUGUGCAAUUGAGAUCAUCGGGGUCAUCACAGUCUUCAUUACAAUCAUUGAGAGAUGAUAAUAGAAGUUUGAAUUCAGUUCCUGGAUCUCCUACAAAGGCUAAUCGUGGGCUUGCUUUGCGAGAUGGAAUCAAGGGGCUAUCUGAUGCAGCAGUUGAAUCAAUGUUACCUAGAGAUGAAUCGGAGGAUGCAUUGUACAUGAACGUUUCCAAUAAAAAACUGUCGUCACUGUUGCGUGAAGAUGAUCAUUUGGAUUCUUUUGACAAUUCAUACAAUCGUACUGAACAAUCCAUUAUGAAUUUGCUUAAUAGUGCGUCUGCUUCUCAAGUGGCGCUUAAUAAUGUGCCACAAGGAAAUGAGACUCACGUGAAGCAAGAGGAAGACCAUGACGUUCUGGAGUUUAUACCGGAGGAAAACGAGGUUCAAGUGAAGAUCGAAAAGUGCUUUGAUGAAGAGCGUUUUGUGAUUGAAGAGAGAGAGGCCUUUGUGAAACAUGAAGGACAUGAGCGAGACGUGUUGGAACCGCAUGUUCGGGUUGUCGUAAAGAAGGAGUCAAGUGAAGUUCUACCUCAGGAUGAACAAUCAGGAAACGUAAAGCAAGAGCUAUUCAGCACCUCGAAGCACGCACCUCGAGCCGAGGCCGCAGCCGCAUCCGCACUGGCAUCACUGGAAGAGCCAAGGACGACCACUCAAAGUGGCAAAAGUCAACCUCUUGACAACACUACCGACAUGUCCAAUCUCCCAAAUGAAGAAGAAUCAAGGAUGUCCAUAAGAUUCCAUACCAAUGAUAGCUGGAAAUUGGAGGACAGCAACGACGGUGACCGUGAAGAUAAUGAUGAAUAUAGCAAGGUACUCGAACAGUCGCAAGUCCUUGAUGAAUCAAACUCUUCACCAGAUGAAGAUUUUGCUGAUGCAUCUAAUGAGCUUAGUCAAGCAUUAGAUCUCGUACACGCGGAUUCCAAGAAGCAGGAGAUUGUGCAAAGUUUGGCACCUCCUAGAGCAAUUGACGAAGCUAUAGAUGCAACUCAUGGUCCAAAAGAUAACGACACUAUUUUGGCAAACUCAUCUAACAUUGCUGAACCUAAUGAAGAUAUAACGUUACCUCCAGUUGAAACCAACAACUACUCCUCAUUGGAGGAGAUUACAAAACAUAUGGACUCUGUGUCGAGCUACGAACGUUCUUUAUCGGCUGAGAAUGAUGUGGUGAAGAAUAAACCAGAUGAUUUUCUAUCAAUUUGGCAUAGUCAGCGCAAACAGAAAAAGAGUCAAAUGCACAAGGUACCUACUCAGCAAUUGAUAGCAGCUUAUAAAGAGGAACAAGAUGAGAAGAAAAGAGCAACAUCAACUGAUAAUGUGAGGAUACCUUCAUCAUUAAAUGGUAAAAAGAUCAAGGAAGUGCAUGUCAUGUCAAGAAGAGUGGUUAGUCCAGACAAUUUUGAUGACUUUCAAGUAUCCGGAUUUUUACCUGAAUUAUCAAGAGACUCUGGAUUCAAUGACUUGCACUUCCCAAAUCAAUCUAGAGUUGCUUCAGCUCAACUCAAUACAUCCAAUAUGCUUUCUAAUAUCGAUAAUAAUCCAAACGUUGUUGAACCUCCACAACCUGGUUCAUACAAUGAGGCCCGACAAACAAAGAGGUUGACGUCUUCAAACAGCAAUCAUGUCCAAAGAGCAUCAACAACAGCAGUACCCUCUGGACCCAGAAAGUCGAGAUUCAGAGUGCCAACGUUCGAAAUUAAACGUUCAUCCUCAGUAUUAUCGCCCAAGAACAUGUAUGAUGAUAUCUUUGAAGAUGUUGUCCCGAGAAAACCACCUACAAUUCGCGCGGAAGGAAUGAAGACUUUACCCAGCAUGGAUAAAGAUGAUGUUAAACGUAUUCUUUCAACUCGAAAGGGUAUGACGCAAGAUGAAUAUGCUAAUGCUAAAUUUGUUGAGCAAAAACCGAAAAAGAAUUCAAUUGUUACUGAAGCUGGACAUACGUAUGAACAUAUUCCACAAACUGCAUCGAUCCAUGAUGCCAACACCGAUUCACCACGCCAAUCAUCUGUCGCUGUUGAUUCGGACCUUUACCCAUAUUUAGUUAAUGAAUUGAACAAGUCACCCAGCGAAUUGAUGUCAAAGAGUCAACCAAAUGACCAGGACUAUCCAACUAGAACAGGGUCAGUGAUCGUCCACAAGAAUGCCGCAUUACCUGAGCCCGAGUUUGAAUUUGAUAUCUCACCACAUACCCCACAAACAGCUACGGGUGGCAUUGAUGAGUUGGACACAGAAGCAUCUUUGAACUACUUGCACAAGGAGAACUUGUCACCUAAGACAUCAAGAAAUGAAGUUGAGGUGAGACCGGCGUUGGAGCCUGCAGUGCAGCCAUCAGUGCCUCUUCCAGAACCUAUACUGGAACCUAUAGUGGAGAGGAAAUUAGAUCCUAACGUGCGUCCCGUUGUUGCUAAACCUAUUGUUCCCACUGAUACACCAACAACACCAGUCAAGAAAAUUCUGAAAGAUUCGCAUACUCCCAUUUCGAAAAAGAGCUCUCCAAGAAAGAGUCCUAUCAAGAUUGGUUCCCCAGUUAAACUUGUUAGGAAGAAUGGUUCUGUCACUGGUAUCGAAUUGAUUGAUAAACACCACUUUCGUGAUCUUGCCAAUACUGAAACUCCACAGACAUUUUUGGGUGAUGAUUUAGUUAAUAACAAAAUCAGAGAUAACAUUGAGCAAGAGAAAUGGGUUCCUCAGCACAAAUCGAAUAUGCCCAGUGCCGUUUCUGUUCCCUCGGAAUUUUCCGACUCAAAAAGUCACCAUCAUGGGCAUGAACGCCACAAAUCCGAUCCAAAAGUCAUUGACGAUGAAUUACCUGAUGUUGCAUGGCAAGAGCGUGGUAGGUUGUUUUUCCGUGUUCUUGGGUUGAAGAAUAUCAAUUUACCUGAUAUGAAGUCACACAAGGGCAAGUUUACCAUUGCAUUGGACAAUGGUGUUCAUUGUGUCAAGACUGCUGAAUAUGAUUUGGACCAAAACUUGGUUUCAAUUGGCAAAGAAUUUGAGUUGAUUGUUGCUGACUCUUUACAAUUCAUCUUGACCAUGAAGGCUAGUUACACCAAGCCAAAAGGUACAUUAGUAGAGGUGCGGGAAAGGAAAGUUGUCAAAUCAAAGAACAGAUUAGGUCGUUUAUUUGGAUCCAAGGAUAUCAUCACUACCACAAGAUACGUGCCCAGUAAAGUCGAAGAUAGUUGGGCUAAUAAAGUGGCUACUGAUGGAUCAUUUGCCAGGUGUUAUAUUGAUUUUGCUCAAUUUGAACCACAAGUCACUGGGAAAGUGCAAAGAUUUGACUUGAGUUGCUUUAAUGAAUGGGAAACCAAAUCCAAUACUGGUGACACUAGGCAGAGGUUGAAACCAUACAAGAUUGCUGAAUUGGAAGUUGAGAUGUUGUUUGUCCCUCGUUCUGAUCCUCAUGAGGUUUUGCCCACCAGUAUCAAAUCAGCUUACCAAUCACUAGCUGAAUUGAGCAAAGAAUUGAAAACUACCAAUGAAGGUUACUUGUAUCAAGAGGGAGGUGAUUGUGAAAUUUGGAAACGUCGUUGGUUUAAACUUUAUGCUACUUCAUUAGUGGCACACUCUGAGUUUAGCCAUAAGACGAGAGCCAAGAUCAAUUUGAACAAAAUCGUUGACGUCAUGUACGUUGACAAAGAAAAUUUGCACACUUCAAAGCAUCGUAACUUCAGUGAUGUUUUGCUUGUUGAACAUUCAUUCAAGAUUAAAUUUGUCAAUGGGGAAAUUAUCGAAUUUGGUGCUCCAAAUGAACAGGAAAUGAAGCGAUGGAUUGCAAUUUUGGAAAGUAUUGUACAGAGAAACAAGAUUAGACGACAACCUUGGGUCAAUGUAAUGAUGAAGCAACAACUUGAAACAGCUUAG